CAGUUAGAGUUUCUUUAUGCUUUAUUUUAGUUACACUAGUCACCAUUGGGAGCGAGCAAGUGCUGAGAAAGAGAAUCGAGCAAAUUGUAAAAAUUCGCAUGGGAAUGGAUGAAUCGGUGGAAACAGAAAGUUAUUAAAUACUGCUUCUACUAUUGCAUUAAUCAUCAAUCGAUUUGAUGAUCGUUUAUAUUCGAUGCGAGAUGGCACAGAUGAUUCGUUGCGUUAUCAUCGCAUUGCUGCUUUUGCCAGUGCCAGGUUUCGUGACGGAUGUAAAUGACGCUCACAGUUAUACUCUCCUUAUUAAGGAUGUUCGUAACUAUUACGGGACAAGUUGCAUCGUAAUUGUGCAUUCGGAUAACAGUACCGAUUUCAAUUACGCGUCGCUGACUUACAUAUGGACUCGCGCUUUCUCGCAACAAGGCAUCUUGACGAUGGUCGUAAGCUUCUCCAGGAUGUCACGCGAGACCAAGAAAUACAGGGACUUCGUGAUGCGUCCGCUGUACGUCGUUAUUCUCACUACGAACGAGACCAUGAACGAAUUUUCGACGGUGUCUAGACAGAUCGAUAUCUCUUUCCCCGCCUGGCUGGUGUUAUUUCUACCAUCCUACGGAAAUCCUAUGUGGAACUUUUGCAUGAAUCCCGUCGGGAAUCCGUUCGGUCUCAAACUGAACACGGAGAUGCUUGUGCUCUGCUAUGACGCGCCCGUUUUGAAAGAAUGGUACGCGUUACGCGACAACCAAACCAAGACUUUUAGUUUGGCCACCUGGAAACCCGGAGAAAGGUUGAGAUUGACGACGAAACUUGGAUUGUACGCGAGAAGGAGUAACAUGUUCGGGGAAACGAUACGCGUAUCGAUCGUCGAGGAAUCUUUGUUCGUCGAGUUCAAAGACGGUGUUCUAUCGCGGCUCUACGGCAGUGUGUUAGAAGAACUGAGUAAAAUGAUGAACUUCACGAUCGAAGUGACGAGCUUUAUGUCGAUGUACGGCAGUUGGAGCGAGGAGGAAAGGAUGUGGACAGGGGUGAUAGGCGACGUAGCGUCAAACAAGGUGGACCUUGGGCUCGGGGAGUUCAGCAUGACCAGUCAUAGGAUGGAGGCAGUGGAUUUCACUUUGCCCUUACUCAUGUCGCGCAAUAGAAUAUACUUUAAGAAACCUGGUACUUCGACGGUGCAAUGGUCCGCCUACUUUAAGAUCUUUCACGAGAACGUUUGGAUGGCGAUAAUAUGUUUAGCUGUGUUCACUCCGAUUCCACUGACUUUAAUGAAGACCAAAGGUCGUAUCGCAAUUAAUGUUUUAGCGGACAAUUAUGUAUACGUGUGGGGAAUCUAUUGCCAGCAAGGUUUAUCAGACUUUCCGAGGGAAACGUCGAUGAGAUUGGCUUACUUGUCGAUUUUCGUCUCAGCUUUGAUCGUUCUAUCCGCUUACUCUGCUUCAUUGAUCAGUUUUCUAACAGUAUCCACUUACAAGUUACCAUUUUCUACUAUAGAGGAGUUCGCUGCGCACGGGUCGUACAAGUUGAUCGUGUUUAAAAAUAGUGCCGACUAUGAUAUGAUAAUUUCGAGCGAGAAUACCAUACUUGCAAAGAUGAAGAGACUGUUGAAGAAGAAUCAUGAUUUACCUUUAACGGCUGAAGAUGGUUUUGCUACGGUUUGUACCGAAAAAGUGGGAUUCUACGUAACUGAAGCUAUAAAAGACGCAAUGGGCAGAAUACCGUGUGACACCGUUUUCAUUGAGGCGGGCGAAGUUGAUAGUUUAUCGAUGGUCUUGAACAAGGGCAGUCAGUAUACACAAUUUGUGAAUUAUAAUUUGCAGCGAUACAAGGAUGUUGGUGUGUUAAACAAAUUAAAGUCUACUUUUCUCGUUACGAACUACCAUGAGGAUUAUCCUGUUGUUACUUUGGAUCGAAUUACACCCAUUUUAUCCAUUUUGGUUGGUGGCAUGCUUUUAGGAUGUCUUGUAUUAGCAGUAGAGAAAAUAUACUACAAAUAUUUAUGCAAGUACAAACGAUCCUUACGGUUCAGUGUGGAUUUAAACAGAAAUAAAAAAUGA